AUGAGUGUGAGUUUAUGCGAAAAUGCUGAAAACAAAGGAGAAAACAGUGCAUUGAAGAGCACGUUGAGGGAAUUGGAGAGAGAGGUGAGACGGCUGAAAGCGAAUUCAAGAGUGGGAAACAAGGGAUUGAAGAAAAGUAAGGAUAAGGGUUUAUAUGCAGUGUUUAUGAAUCAAGAGGGUUGCAAGGAAAGGUACGAGGAGAGGGGGGAAGAGCCGGAAGAGAGUGUGGAAGAAAAGGGAUUGAAGAAAAGUAAGGGUAAGGGUUUAUAUGCAGCGUUUACUAACCUAAAGGGUUGCGAGGAAGGGUGCGAGGAGAGGGGGGAAGAGCUGGAAGAGAGCGCUUGCAAGGAAUGGUGCGAGGAGAGGAGGAGGGAAGAGCCAAAGGUUUUUAAAGAGUUCUUGCCGGAUAUGGAAGUGUUUGCGAGUCAUUUGUACAUGGAAGGGUACUUUAACAAUGCGAAUUUCUUGCGAGCGAAUAAGUUGGAAUUUGAUUAUUUUGAGAGUCAUUAUGGUCGGGGUUAUAUGAGGUUUGCGGCCGAGAAGUUUGGCAAGGACUAUCAAGAAACUGCAAAGUAA